GGAGGAGAGGAGAGGAGAAGGCCUCUGCAGAUAAACACCAUGGAGGUGGCAACACAAGCGGCUCUGGCCCAGAGAUACGUGACAUCCUCGGGUUUCGGGGCAGCGUUAGACUGCAGCUCUCUCUGUUCAGGGAACGGCUGGAACAGCACCAGCUCGGAGACGAACCGUUCCAGCGACUCGUCAGUGUCUCCCAUGGCGUCCCCCCGCUGCGCCCCCGACGACCCGUGCCAGGCUAAAGGUCGCCCGGAGGAGAAGGGCGAGAGUGGGCAGCAGGCGAGGAAGGGCCGCUCGCGCCACCUGGGCAGGGAGAGGCAGAGCGCCAGCGAGAGGGAGAAGCUGCGGAUGAGGGGCCUGGCCAAAGCCCUCCACAACCUGCGGACCUACCUCCCCCCGUCCGUGGCCCCGGCCGCCCAGAGCCUGACCAAGCUGGAGACCCUGCGGCUGACCAUCCGCUACAUCGCCCACCUGACGGACGUGCUGGCCCUGGGCGAGCAGAUGCCCGCGGUGGGCGGGGGGCCGUGCCGGGCGGGAGGCCCACAGGGCUGGUGCCCCAACGCCCAGGGACCGCCAGCCCAGUGCCCGGUCUAUCUCGGCGGCACGGCAGUGAAUGGCGCCAGUGAGCUGGCAGCCGCCUUUCAGGACAUCGGCCGCGGGCAGAGUUUCACCGAGAACAAUGCGAAUCUGCAGCUGGUCCCUUGGUUUCCAUGGCAACAUUAAGACCCCCUUGGGGCCUUUACCGUAUUCUGAGAAAUUAAUCAUUUGAAAGCUCUAUUAAUUUAAGUAUUUUUUUCAUGUAGAUGUUUAUUUUGUUAAGCGUGUGAAAAUUAUUUUAUAUAUUUUUGUUAAUCUAGUUUUGCUGUCUGUAUAUUUGAUCAUCAAAGGCAAUAAAGCGUUUUUAAGUUUGGUAAAUUUAUCGUUGGUCUAUUCUGAGGGGAAAGGCGUCUCGGAAGUUUCAUUGAAAGAACGUUUGGGGUCAGAUAGAGUGUAGAGCGUGAAAACAUGCCCUUCGGCCCAACUCGCCUAUGCUGACCAACAUGCUGGCCCAUAUCUGAGGAAGGAUAUGCUGGCGUUGUAGAGGGUCCAGAGGACGUUUAAGAGAAUGAUCCUAGUUACGAGUGGGUUAACGUAUGAUGAGCGUUUGACGGCACUGGGCCUGUACUCGCUGGAGUUUAGAAGGAUGAGGAGGGACCUCAUUGAAACUCACUGAAUAGCGAAAGGCCUGGAUAGAGUGGAUGUGGAGAGGGUGUUUCCACUGGUGGCAGAGUCCAGGAACAGAGGUCAUAGGCUCAGAAUUAAAGGACGUUCCU